AUGGGUAAUGCGAUAAAGAAAGUGUUUCCAAACACUCGACACCGCUUUUGUGACUGGCAUAUUAAAAAGCAUGAGUCUGAACACCUUCGACCAUUUGUUACCCGUUAUAGUGAUUUUCAGGAAUCAUAUAAAGAUUGGGUGAAUAGUGACACCAUUGAAGAGUUUGAAAGCAAAUGGGAAGUUAUACGUAUUAAGUAUAAUUUGGAAAAUAAUUUUUGGAUAAGUCAAAUGUAUAGCCAACGGAUACAUUGGGCUAAAGCUUUUCUUAAAGAUAUUUUCUUGGCUGGUAUGACAACCAGUGGACGAAGUGAGAGUAUUAAUUCCUUUUUUGAUGGAUUUGUCAAUUCGAGCACCAUGUUGAAUGAAUUCGUAAUACAAUAUGACAAAGCAGUUAAGUCUCGAAGGGCAGCCGAAGAAGAUGAGGACUUUAAGACAAUGAACUCAAGAGCAAUUCUUUCUUCUGUGCAUCCAAUUGAAGCAAAAGCAGAAGAAAUAACAUAUCGAGUUGGGCAAAUGAAUAUUGAUAAAAAAUAUUGGAGAAUUGUUAGCUUCCGUUUGGUAGUGGGUGGUGGUCGCGCAGUGGAGAUGCAUAGUGAUGUGUGGUGGUGGUGGAGUUAG